UUGCAAUGUAGACAUUCCUCCUAAAGACCCAACGAUUUUCAGAGGCUGGACUUGGGAGCUGCCUUCGAAAGAUUACAUUUCUGCCUUUCCUUCCCCAUCUCUUCUUUCUUUUGCUGCUUCUUCCCCCCCACCCCCAAAAGCAUUUAUUUGAAGAAAGGACCUCCUGUCUGGAAACCACACCCGGAGAAUCCUAAUAUAUUUCUGGAGAUCGUCCCACUUUGAGCAUGGAAGCUGGGCUUGAAAAGGCUGCGGAGGAGAAAAUACAGGAGAGUUCAGAGGAACAUCGGACCGAUCCGAUAAAAGAGAGCAAUGAAGUGAAACCGGGCGAGCCCAGGGAAAGCGAGGAAAUGGUGGUCGAAGACCACGAAGACGGCGAGGCGUUAGCGAUGGCAGACUGUUCAUCUGGGCUUACUGGUCGACUGGCAGCCACUUGCCAAGCUACUAAGAAGUUGCCUGGGUCACCACAGGAGGAUGAAGAAUUGGAGGAGGGUCCGGCUGACCCGCCGAAGACCGACGCAGAGGGGGCUAAAACGGAGGAGGACAGCAGCAGUGAGGAAUUGCUGAUCGAAGAUACAAAAGAGGAGGAGCGCGAGACCACUGACGAGGUGCCACCCAAUUCGGAAGUUUUUGACCUGCGGAAGGAGAGGGAAGAGGACGAAGAUGGCGACGGAGAGAGUAGCAGUGAGGAGAUAGUGGAAGCUGGAAGCAUUGAAAGCAGGGAAGACGAGGAGUCUCCGGCACAGAGAUUAGAGGAAAUAAGGCAGAGAUACGGCGAUUUAUGUCAGAACAGCACCGCUUUUCAGGAGAUGAUGUUGAGGCUCAAAGCCGGCUGGAUAGGCCAGAACAAAGAAGGGGAGCCGUCGCUGGUGAAUUCGGAGCAGCUGCAGCUGAACCGGAUGAUGUGGGGCGGGGACGAGGUCAGCUUCCCCCGGGCGGGCGCCUCCGCCAGCCGCCCGCUGGACAGCCAUGGGCCGAUCUCCAUCCCUUUCGGCGGGGGCUUCUUCGACUUCAGCGAGUUCGCCAUCCAGCAGAGCUUCCUCCAGAAGAAGGGCCAGGAGAUCUCCAAGAGUUUCGGGGCUGGCCUGAGCCCAGGCCCGCCGCUCGGGGGCCCGGAGAAGCCCCCGUCCCCGGCGGAGAAGCCCUACAAGUGCAACGAGUGCGGCAAGAGCUUUGGCAAGCGGUCAACCCUGACCACGCACGGCCGCACCCACACGGGCGAGAAGCCCUUCAAGUGCUCCCACUGCGACAAGCGCUUCAGCCAGAGCUCCCACCUCCAGCUGCACGAGCGGACCCACACGGGCGAGAAGCCCUACAAGUGCCUGCUGUGCGAGAAGCGCUACAACCAGCGCUCCAGCCUCAUCAUCCACGGGCGCAGCCACACGGGCGAGAAGCCCUACGCCUGCUUGGAGUGCGGCAAGAGCUUCAGCCAGAAGGCCACCCUGGUCCUCCACGAGCGCAGCCACCGGGGGGAGAAACCCUACAAGUGCCUGGAGUGCGGCAAGGGCUUCAGCCUGAGCGCCGACCUCAUCCGCCACCAGAGCAUCCACACCGGGGAGAAGCCCUACACCUGCUCGGAGUGCGGCAAGAGCUUCAGCCAGAACUCCCACCUCAUGGCCCACAUCCGGACCCACACGGGCGAGAAGCCCCACAAGUGCCUGGAGUGCGGCCGGGGCUUCAACUGGAGCUCGGAGCUGAUCGCCCACGAGCGCACCCACACGGGCGAGAAGCCCUACGCCUGCCUGUACUGCGAGAAGAGCUUCAGCGUGCGCUCCAGCCUCAGCAAGCACGAGCGGACCCACACGGGCGAGAAGCCCUACGUCUGCCUGCAGUGCGGCAAGGGCUUCAUCCAGCGCUCCAGCCUGGUGGCCCACGAGCGCUCCCACACGGGCGAGCGGCCCUACAUGUGCCUGGACUGCGGCAAGUGCUUCCGCGAGAGCUCCCAGCUCAUCGCCCACGAGCGCACCCACACCAACGAGAAGCCCUACGUCUGCGCCAACUGCAGCAGCUGCUUCAAGACCAAGGCGGCCCUCAUCCGCCACCAGCGCAGCCACCUGGGCCUGAACUCUUUCAUCUGCGCCGACUGCGGAAAGAUUUUCUCCUCCGGCGCCCAGAGCCCCGAGAAGUGCCCCGAGUGCGUGAACCUCGGCCUGAUGUCGGACCUCUCGCAGGCGUCGGAAGAGGCCUACGCGGAAGCCGAGGCCGAAGGAGAAAGCGUGGAGAUGAAGAUGUGAUGGGGCCCUGCCUUCUUUUCCCCUCUCUCUCUGCUCCGCACCCCGGUUGGAGCUUGCGCCCUUUUUGGAAUGAGACAACAGGGCCGUUGUUUUGCCGCUAAAGGAAACGGCAGCAGGCAUAAAUACCAGGGCUGUGCAAGCCUCAGGCUUCGGAUUCAGAAAUCCGAGUCGCGGAGGCCAUUUUAUGGCGGGUCCGCCAUUUUCUUGCACAGCCCUAGGCCCUCCCCAUACAGCCUACAACUCCCAGCAUGCAGUGCCUGGUGGGGGCUGUACUUGCCAGGGCCCAGGAGCAGAGGGAAUACAGGAAGUAGCUGCUGCCAUCGCCAGGUCUUCUGUGCGAUUGGUUGCUGCUGCCUCAAUCUGGAAGUCUCCACUGACCCUGGAGAAGUUUGAAGCAGGCAGCCGUAGCGGUGCCUGCAGAAGUCACGUGGACCCCUCCAGGGUCAGUGGAGAUCGCCCGGGUUCAGGCCUCUCAGGCACUGGAUGCUGGGAGUUGCAGGCUGUAUGGGGGCAGGGGCUAGGGCUGUGCAAGAAAACGGCGGAUCCGCCAUGAAACGGCCUCCGUGAUUCGGAUUUCCGAAGCUGAGGCCCGAAGCUUGCACAGCCCUAAUAAAUACCUCUUCAAAGCGAGUUGCAGAUUAGGUUAUGUGAGAAGUGGUACAGUCCUCUCUCUCCCCUUCCAUAUUGGCUGCCUGCUUCCUUGCCCCCCCCCCCCCCGCUAUUUUCUACAUCUCUAUCAGGGCUGUCUAAAUGGUUUGGCCUACAGUUCCCAUCUGCCCUGGUCAGCAUAGCCAAUGGGGAGGGGAUCAUGGAGAUUGUAGGCCAAAUCACCUACAAUCCACUGCUCCUUACAUCUCUCUCUCUUUCUUUUCUUUCUCUAUGGGCCCGUUCAGAAGACACCUUAAACCACGUCUUUAACCACAGCAAAUAAGGCUUUUUGCUUUAUUCACCGUAGUCAAAGCCGUGGUUUAAAGUGUCUUCUGAACACAGCCUGGGCUUAACCAUGUUUAAAGCCGUGGUUUAAAGUGUCUUCUGAACACAGCCUGGCUUCUGGCUUAAAUGUGGUUAAAACCGUGGUUUAAAGUGUUUUCUGAACAGGGCCUCUCUCUCUCUCUCCCCCCCCCAACCCCUAUGUUUCUCUCUCUUCCGCCUCCUCCAUGCUGUUUUUGGCAAGGUGGCGAAAGGGGGAGAUGUGAGGCUGUUGCCUAGCAACAGGCGGCCAUAUUCUCCUUCUGUUCCCCAGUAGCCAGGAAGCAGGAAAAGGCCGGUGCAGUGCCUGGAAGCUGGAAUAACAGCCCCAUGGGUCUAAUACUUCUUUUCCUGUUGACUGAAAUACACAUUUCAGGCUGCCAGGAAGCGGGAAGGUGUGUGUCAGGGGCCGGCGGCAGCGAAGGGGUGUGUGUUGAAUCGCGGCCUGACGCAAGUGUGGUUUCUUUGCACCAGCGUCCUCUUGCAAUAUCGUUUCUAAUAAGCGGAAGUAGACAGUUUGGGCUGGCAAUUGAGGGUUCAGUUGGCCCCCGGAGAAGGCCCCGUUCGGCCCACAUUCCCCCUAGCUGCCGACCCCCGAAUGGACGAUGGCGCAAGCUCAGUUUCACAAAGGCUUUUGAAUGAAUCCCACCCAACCUUUCCACGGAAUAAAGCUAUUCCUGGCCAGCAGGAACGAAGUUGCUCUGCGCGCAUGGAUGUACACACACAAACACACACGUUGCCACGAAGUGAUCAGUGCUCCGGACUGGCGAAGAGUCGGUCCGCGGGAGUCCUCGGUGCGUGGCCGUUUUGCCCCUGACGAAAGGGUUGGCCCCCGAGAAAUGGGUUGAACUGUGGGAGCGGACCAGGAACAGAGCAAAACCAGCAUAGACAAACUCUGUGUGAUUGUGGGAGACGAAUCUUAACUUCUCCUUUGUUACCAUUUGGCUUGGGUAGCAGGCUCAACUGGCAGUAUGUGUUAUUUAUUUUAUCUAUCUAUCCAUCUGUCUAUUUACAUAUACGAACUUCCUCCUCUUGUCAUGAUGAGGGUGGACUUGUUGGUGGGGCCUCUGGUUUGGUUCAGCUGCUGAGCUGCCUGACACCCGCUUUCCCCAUUUUCAUCCAGGUCCAAACUCAGUUAGAAAAUGCAGAGAAUUGCACUUGGGUCCGUAGAUGCAGCAGGAUGAGGUGCUAGAAUCUUAAGUUCUGUACCUGUGGGUGGGUGGGAACCACUUCUCCCCCCCCCCCCCAGUGCUACCCCACCAUUUUCGUUCCUUUAAGGGGAAAACAAAAACUCCCCGCAGGUAGAAAGGUAGCUCUUCAGCGAUUAAGGUCCUAGCUGUACUCCUCGCAGAGACUUUAUGAAAAGGAGCGUUUUAAAAACGGAUUCCCUGUUUUUGUUCCGAAGUAGGUCCGCAGGUUCUAGCACUUUCUUCACCCAACGCUUCGUUCCGCUGCAUGUGCGGAACAUGCCUUAAGGUGGUUGAGUUCUGGACUGUAUCACUUCAGACCGGACUUGAGUAGGUGGGUGUCAAGUUUUUUAAAAACGUUCUUCCCCUAAAAUAAAACUUCCCUGCAUGAAAACUAGGGACGGAUCCCCAGAAUUUUAACAAAAAAUCAAAAAACUUUUUUUUUUAAAAAAAACACACCAUUUAGUGUAACCAUUUUGACUUUUUUCUUUUCUUUUAACCCUUUUAGUGCUCCAUACUUACUAUGGAGCACCAAAAUGGUCAACUAUAGCUUGACAACAAAGUGGUGCUCAAUUGCCAUUCCGGCCACCAUUUUUAAUUAUUUGUUAAUUGUUUUGGGGGGCUGUGGGGUGGUGUGCCCCUGAUGUAGUUCCCCACUCCUGAUCUAGAUAUAUAGGAUAUUGUGGAAAGGGCUAUGGAAUCCUCUCCUUCCGUGUUCUGUUUUCUACAUGCAGGGAAGUUCUAUUUCCCCUGCUCCUCCCCUGAUGGAAACAGAAAAAUCCCACUCAAACACUGUUCCUUCUGAAGUGGUACAGUCCAGAAAUCCACCACUUUGUUCUGCAGAAUGUGUGUUACAUGGGUUCUCAGCCUCUUUGCCCUAGAUUCCUCUGCUCUGACUGGAGCCCGCUUCCUUUUUAGUGCAGGGCUUAAACCGGCCUCAACACUGUUUAGGCUGUCUUGGCGCCUGCCCAAGGAAUCCUGGGAGUUCUGUGAAAGGGACAAAGGGUCUCCAUCAAAGCAGCCUCACCCCUUCAUGAAAAUACAAUUCCCAGAGUUCUUUGCAAAGUGAGGUGUGACCAAUAAGCCAGCUGAAAACCUGUCGUAUAGAUAUGCCUUGAGAUGGCAAAAGAAUUGGCUGUGGGUCGUAACGGAACCCGGUGCGGCGGGCUCUCUUGCUGUAUGGCUAAUGUGCCAGUCUUCGCUAAGCUGAGACUGACCCCUUCCCUGCACACGUCUGUCUCGAGAAGUAGCACAACGUGAAGUGGUUGGGUUCUGGAUUGCACCACUUCAGCCGGAUGGUGCAGGGAAAGGGCUGUAAUGGCAUCCAAGCAUAAUGGGUGACAGUAGAGCAGGCCGGGUGGGGGUGGGGGAACCUCCCAGCUGUUGGCCUCAUACGGCCCAAGGGGGAGUUUCCUAUCCAGCCUGCCAAGUUCGUCCCCAGACCCUGCACCCUUUCCACACCCUAGGACUGAGAGAGGGGAAAGGGCUUACCUCUGACCUGUGGCGGAUAGGGCAGAGAAAAUGCCUCUCGCCUGAUCUACAAGUAUCAGCUCACGUGGUGGGGCUGGUAAGGGUGCAUGUGUCUGUGGUAAGGUGUGUGUGUGUGUGUGAGAGAGAGAGAUGCCACAAGUCACCCUGUCCACUGCUGGCAUCUGCCCCUGACAUCCUAGCCCUGGGCCAACUCCGUAUUGAGGCCAUAAAUCGCUCGCCUUGCUGUACAGGCUCCCCAGAGGCCUGACAUGAACUGAACCUGACUGCUCCACACAGGAGGCUGCUUUUUCCAUACCUUUUUUUCCUCGGCAGCUCAGUUGAAGUGGGGAAGGUCCCCUUCCUCUGUCACAUCCUUGCCUGAAUGGAACCGUUUGGUGCAGAAGUAUUGUGGAGGGCUGUGAUACACUCCUCUGCUGGGACUAUACCAUCCAUGUAGAGCAGGGGUGGGUGAUGCACUCCCUAUGGGCUGUAUGCAGCCCCCAGUGUCCCCCCCCAAAAAAGGCGUCUGUAGUAGCUUACAGAGUGCCCGGAGGGUCAAAUUUCACUCCCAGCCUAUGACAAGGUUGUAUGUCCGGGUGAAAGCUCAGUCGCUAACCCUAACCCACAAGUGACGCAACUGUGAAAAGGUCUUUUUCAAAACCACAAAACACAGGUGCCGCUUCCAAGUGGCCCAAAGCCCCUGCGUGCGAUCAUCUCUUGUUAUUUCAGGUAACCAUAGAACCUUCCAGAAUCUAUAUCCAUUGGUACCCAACGUCACAGCAUCUUUGUCAAGGUUGAUCCACCGUGAUUUCUGCUCCCUAGGGUUUAUUUCGGGCUACGGAUGUGAUUGCAACGGGCAAAAACCAUCACUCCGCCCUGCCACGAAUUGCAAUUAGCAGGAAAGGAGAGAGGUCUUUGAUCUGCCCCGGUGCUGUUCUUGAUCGUAGUUCCAAUAUCCAAAUUGGUGAACUGUAUUUUUAUUCCCCUUUUGUGGAUUUCUUUUUAUUUUACAAAUGGUAAUGUUCUCCCUGUGUCCCGUUCUCUCCCCCCUCCAUCUCUAGCUUUUUGCUUUGGAUAGGCAUAUGCUGCGUUUGGGGUAUCUUUCAAGCUCUUGGGUACUUUCUUCUUUAUUUCUUCAGCUUAAUAAAGUGAUAUCUCAAAAAAAA